UUUGAACUGGAAUCCCAAGUGGAUCCACUUGACUACCGAAGCGGUUUGAAGUGGACUGAACUGGUCCCACUUCAGAGUCAAGUGUUUCCAGUAGGGAACCACUAAGCAUGCUUAGUGGUUCCCAACUGGUUCCUUUCCAGCCCCAAGUGGAUACCACGUAGGAGUGAAGUGGUUCCAUUUUGCCAGCAAGUAGACUUGACAAUGUCCACUUUAAUCCAAUAUGGUUACACUUUGGUGAUAAAGCGAAAACUAAAGUGGGUUAGACGGGCCCACUGAAACCACUUUGACAACAAUCUUGGAGAAAGUGGGAGCAUCACUGUCUGGUGGCAUCGCCAUCGCUAGCGACAGAGUCAAAAGGAGACCAUCCAAUCCGAUCCAAUCCCUGUCGUUCAGUUGAACCGUUGUGUUUUGCGGGCGUGAACGGGAACGCUACAUUGAAUUUUAUGGACUACUGGAUCCGAUCACAAGUAAUUACAAGUUUGCCGUUGUCAAUUUCAUCUCUGAUGACACGGUGGAAGUAGUUCCGUCAACGUGGGUCCAUGGAAACAAAUGUCCUUGACCUGAACACGCACCCAAAAACAUGAGGAACCUUAUCAAGAAAGGGCUGCCACCCCUGGAAGGAUGGAAACCGACCGUCAUUGCUAUGAAAGGCAUCUUCUCUUCGUAUACAGAAGCAAGGGCAGCACUUGCAAAAGCGCAAUGUAGCUCAGAGUCAGACACACCAUCACAGAGGAGGAAACGGCAGCCACCCAUCUGGCUGCAAGAAGACUAUCAUGUUCUACAGAGUGGUAGCAAUGAAGAAGACUAUCAGCAUGAUCAGCAGACAGCACCUGCUGCAAAGCGUACUGCAUAUGUUCCACAAGACAGCCAAGGGGUUCUUCAGAGCCAAAUUGUGCUGGAAGUACCGUCCGUUCCCAAUGAUUUCUUUGUUCAGCAAACAGAAGAACACACAUCACCAUCUACUAUUCUACUGCAGAUGACGGGCUCUGGUACUACACAUGAAGACUCCCCAACAGGACCACAACAUGGUUUGACCGGUACGACCUCAUGUGCAGGCACAUGGACAGUGACACAAGGCAUGUACUUUUAG